UUUUCUGUAGGCAUUUCAGCAGUGUGUAGACGAUGAUUAUGGUCUGCCAUUUCCUAUGACAAGUGAAUCAAAGGCCAUUAAAAAGAAAAAUGCAGAUUUUGCAGAUCAUGGUCUCCGGAAGACAAAGCUUGUUUCUGAAAUAGAAAAACAGAACUUGGAACACAUAGGUCCGCUUUACUCAAGGUUAUAUGAGGAAGCUGACAAGAUCAAGAGAUGGAAGAUGAUCAUCGAUACUGACAACAGACAAAAGGAGAAAAAACUGCAAGAAAAUAAAAGGACAAUGGAAGCCCAGCGUAAAGCUAUACAAGAGUUGCAGCUUGAAAAUGAGAAACUAAGUUUGAAACUUGAGGAAGCAAUAAAAGAAAACAAUGAUUUAAUGAAUGAAGGCAAUGCUACAAGACACUUAUGCAACUUACUAAAGGAAACCUGUUCUAGAUCUGCAGAGAGGAUGAAGAAAUUUGAACUGGAAAGAGAAGAAACACGACAAUUCUGUGCUCAGAAUAAUGACAAUAUUGAGAGGAUGAUAAGUGCUUUUGAAGAACUCUGCAUGAAGGCUGAGAAUGCAAGGCUAGAAAUGUUAAAAGAAGAAUCAGAGAAGAGAGAACAACUUAGAAAGGAGUACCAGACUGAAUUAAAUAAAAUGGAAAAUGAGGCAAGUCUUUGUGUAUAA